UUCAACUAAUUGCUUCAGAGAAAAGCUUGACCAGCAAAAUGUAUAGCGGGAGAAAUUCAGCACUAGUGCGCCACCUUUUGGUUGGGGAAUUUUAAAGGCAAGUUAGACCAAGAGAUUGGUUUUAACUCUUUAAGUUAAACUAUGCAUAAAGUACAAUGUUACGAAACGGUAGACGAGUGACUGCACAGCGGUAUUUCUCGCUUGCACGAUCUGCCAGACGUUUCAUCGCUUCAGUGAUGGACAAGCCUAGUGAUACAUGGCAACUCGUGAGCACUUUUAUUUGAAGGAAAGGCCACAGCCAGUGAAACAUAAUAGCAAGUGCAGUUUAAUUAGCGCUUGCUAUUUAAACGAGUGACUUUCAUGGUUAUAAAUAAGGAAAGUUUAAGUAAACAUAGUGUCUUGAAGGAUUGCAUGCUGUAUGCUAUAUAUAUAUUUUAGUUCAUCAAAAUAGGAUUUUUCAGCCGCAGAAUUUAAGUUAUAAAUCCACCAAGAAAUAGGGUUGGUAUAGUUCACGCAAACGGAUUUCUAUAAACAUGAAGAGAAUCAACUCGACGUACUGUAUCAUCGUCAUCAUCAUAACUCAAAUAACAGUCAUGAUUCCUAUGGGAUUAAACCUGACGUUACUUAAUUCCGCAACGCCAGCUCUAAAGACGUUUAUCAACCAAACACAUUAUGAAAGAUACGGGCUACCUGCCACAGAUGAAUACCUUGAAUUGAUGAUCGUUCUUGCUCAAACCAUUCUUGUUAUUGGUUCAUUGGUCGGUUCGUUUCUUUACCACUGGGCAGUCACUAUCUUUAGUCGAAAAACGAACGUUAUUUUGGUGCAAUUCGUUGGUGUGAUUUCGGCCCUGGUCAUGGGACCGGUAGCCAAGUUCGUAAAAUCACACGAAGUUUUAAUACUCGGCAGGUUCUUGAACGGUGUCUCCAGAGGCGUUGGUAUGAGUUUGAUUCCGCUUAUCGUAGCUGAAACAACGAAUAGAGAAUUGUUACCUUUUUAUCAAAGCCCGACUGGUUGUCUUAUUCAAAUUGGUGCAGCAUUAGGAAACGGUUUUGGUCAUCCAGCCGUUUUGGGUGGUGUAAAUACUUGGCCCUAUUUAAUGUUAACUGCCGGUAUGUUCCAAUUUCUGUAUAUAUGUGUUGCUGCAUGGAUGCCACAGACACCGCCCUAUCUCAUUCUCAAGCAGGACUUGCCAAAGGAAAGAUUGGAUCAUGAGAAUAACGAAUACGUUGACCAACAUAGUGGCUCCAUAGCCCUCCUACGCAAGCUUCGGAACGGGAGUAAUUCUUCAGUGCUGGAAGAACAUCGAAGUAUCUGUGCAGAAAUUUGCGCCGAUCUUUCUAUUCGGAAAGCGACAGUGUGUGAAAUGAUUUCAAUGUCAUUGUACAGAAAACAACUAAUUGCAGCAACAGUAACCUUCGGAGCACUUCAGAUGACAGGGAUGCAGGGUGUAUUUCAAUACUCAAACAAUAUAUUCAUAGCUGCUGGUGUUAAAGAAGAAGAUUCGGCUUUUAUUUCAAUUGGCAUGUUUGUAGCAAUGGCAUUUACAACAGCUGUUUCGAUAAAACUUCUUCAGAGUUUUGGAAGUCGUAAAAUGUUAAUGGUUGGCAACUCCAUCGCUUCGUGUAGUAAUAUUCUUCUGGUAAUAUCGACUGUAAAAAGUGCUACGGUACCUGGAAUGGCAUACGUUAGCGUGGCAGCGGUCAUCAUCUUCAUAGUGGGUGUAGCAAGCGGUCCUAUGCUUAGCAUGGCUUCCUUGCCUGCGGAGUUAACCACACAAAUAACACGACCAACAGCUUUAUGGGUUGCAUACGUGUAUUAUUUAGUUCCCAACACUCAUCGGAAAUCGGUUUCUGAGAUUCAACUUAAAUUCAAAAGCCGUGGAAACAGCACAAACGAACUUACCAUUGUCAAUACAAACGCAAUGUAACAUUUUUUACAAUGACAUUUUUUGUAUUAUUUCACGUAAAGUUUUUGAUUGCGUUAACAUGCUGGAAAAAAAUGAAUCCAAGUAUUUCUGUUAAUUGGCAAGGUUUUGGGCAUUAUGAUACAAAAUAGAGUAAACGAA